AUACAUAUGGGACAACAAAGUUGUCAUUCUGGAAAACGAUAGCUUUUGCUACUGUAUUUUUAUACAUUUAUCUGACAUAUUUUUAAUUAAAAAAACGCCGCAGCGUUCUGGUUUUCUGUAUUUUAUUUAUUUAUUUUCUUUGAAAGGUGUUCGAGUGUGGGGGCAUUUUACACAAAUUAAACAUGCUACUGUGCUUCGCCCUAUAAGCAUCCAAGAAGCCUGUGCUUCCCAAUCAAUUGGGACAGUCAAGCAGCAGCAGCCUGCGCGAGAGUGGAGACCUUCAGUCUCGCUUUAUUUCUGGAUAUUGGGGGACCUCUCUACCAUGUCAUAUCCACAAUUUGGAUAUCCAUAUUCGCCUGCUCCACAAUUCCUCAUGACAAGCAACUCUCUGACCACUUGCUGCGAGUCUACCGGCAGAUCCAUCGCCGACUCCGGAGUGGCUGCGUCGGGGCAGACGCCCGUCUACUGCCCCGUGUAUGAGAGCCGGCUCCUGGCGACCGCCAGACAUGAGCUCAGUUCGGCCGCCGCGCUGGGCAUGUACGGGAGUCCCUACACGGGCACUCAAGGAUACGGCAACUACGUUACAUAUGGAACGGACGCCUCCGCUUUCUACUCGCUGGGUACCUUUGAUACAAAAGAUGCCACGGCCUCUGCACAUGCAGGACUAACCCAAGCGACAGCCUACUAUCCCUAUGAUCCAACUUUGGGACAGUAUCAGUAUGACAGAUACGGUUCCAUGGAUGGAGGUCCUCGGCGCAAGAACGCCACUCGUGAGACAACGAGCACCCUGAAGGCUUGGCUGCAGGAACACAGAAAGAACCCUUAUCCGACCAAAGGUGAAAAGAUCAUGCUGGCCAUCAUCACCAAGAUGACCCUGACACAAGUGUCCACCUGGUUUGCCAACGCCAGGAGGAGGCUGAAGAAGGAGAACAAAAUGACAUGGCCACCCAGAAACAAGGGCUCAGAGGAAAAACGAUAUGACGAGGAUGACGACUGUUCUCAGGAGGAUCAGAUAAAAAAUGAAAGUCAAGAAAAUGAGAGUCGAGGUCAAUCCAAUAAAGAUCUCCAGCUGAGCGACCUGGAAGAUUUUGACACGCUGGAGUCAGAGAGUUCGGAGUGUGAGUUAAAGCACAGAUAUCACAUGAACCCUCACAUGACAACGACAGGCGACUGUCCCACUGAGCACCUCAUCAAAGGCGUGUCUAUGAAAAUGUCUGGCCCGAUUGCAAUCGGAGGGGAACAGGAUUUGAGUAAGAGUUGCCUAAAAACAAACCAAGAGGAGUUCCAGGCGGAGAGCAGAGUGCAGCCAAAGUCAUGUUACAGUCAACAGCCGCAGCACCACAUAUUAGACGGCAAACCCCGGAUCUGGUCUUUGGCCCAGACGGCGACCUCCUUGGUCCAGACUGAUUACCCUUCAUGUAUGGUGAGGUGUCAAGUACCCCACUCCUCCUCCCUCAGCCCACCAUCUGUCGCUACCUCACCCGCCUCGGGCCUGGACCACAGGCAGGACUCGCCCGUCACCACACUGAGAAACUGGGUGGAUGGGGUCUUCCACGAUCCCUUGUUCAGGCACAGCACUUUGAGCCAGGCCCUGACACACACCACUGUAUCCUGGAGCAGCAACACCACUAAAGGAUCCGUCUUGGAAGCGGAGAAAAGUCCGGGAGUUCUGCAGCAUGACCAGGACUCGUCCAAAGACAGUGCCAUGAGUUUCAAAACUAUUAACAAACUCUUCUGUUCGUAAAAACACAAAACACCAAAACAAAUGAUUUAUUUAAAAAAAAAAAAAAAAAGGGACAAAAAAAAAAACUGGGAUAGAAGCUAUACGUCACCCUUUUUUUGCUGGUACAUUCUUUAACACAAGUGAACUAUUCCAAUUGAUUGAGAUUCUUUUUUCCAAAGCACGCGCACAAGUUGUCGAAUUGUAUAUGUUUACAUCUUGGGCAAAUACCUUAACGUUUACGGUAUUUAUUAUUUAUUUUACUUUCGUCCCUGUACGCAUGCAUAUAUAAUUAAAAUAAGUUGGAGGAUCACUAUUAAAUAAAAAUGACAAAGGUCUCACGGAUGCACAGCUUUUCAAAAGUUGGAUGAGUUUCAACAUUAUUCACUGAAAAUAAAAAACAAAACAGACGGU